GCGAGCGGCUGGAAAGGCACUUCCGGUGCCUGUUGCUAAGGCGCCGGCCGGCCGGCGGGCCGAGAGGGCGACAUUGGUGGCGUCGUCCUCUGCCCCCUUCCCCGGGGGCGAGAUGUCUGGGCUCAGCCACUUAGAGACGGAGGGCUGCCGUCACCUGCUCGGCCUGCUGGACGAUGACGAGAUCAUGGCCCUGUGCGACACCGUCACCAACCGCCUGGUGCAGCCUGUGGACCGCCAAGAUGCUAUUCAUGCAAUAUUAGUUUAUAGCCAAAAUGUAGAAGAACUUCUGAGGCGCAAAAAAGUCCACCGAGAAGUCAUAUUUAAGUAUUUGGCAAAACACGGGGUGAUUGUACCCCCAAGUACUGAAAAGCACAAUCUUAUUCAGUAUGCAAAAGAUUAUUGGGAAAAACAGUCACCAAAAUUGAAGGAGACAGCAGAAUCAGAUACAAAGACAGAGGACAUCCAGCUCUUUGAACAGCAGGCAAAAGAAGAGCAAAACGCUGAAAAGGUUGAUUUCCGUCGCUUAGGAGAAGAAUUCUGCCACUGGUUCUUUGAACUUCUUAAUUCUCAGAAUCCUUUUCUGGGACCACCUCAAGAGGAAUGGGGCCCACAGCACUUCUGGCAUGAUGUCAAGCUUAGGUUUUAUUAUAGCACCUCAGAACAAAACGUGAUAGACUACCAAGGAGCAGAAAUUGUGAGCCUUCGUUUACUGUCAUUAGUGAAAGAGGAAUUUCUUUUUCUCAGUCCCAACCUCGAUUCUCAAGGACUAAAAUGUGCUUCUUCUCCUCAUGGAUUAGUUAUGGUCGGAGUUGCAGGGACUGUCCACAGAGGAAAUACUUGCUUGGGCAUAUUUGAACAAAUUUUUGGACUUAUCCGUAGCCCUUUUGUGGAAAAUACUUGGAAAAUCAAAUUUAUCAACCUGAGAAUUGUUGGAGGAAGUUCCCUUGCUCCUGGAACAUCCCUGAAACCAGCUGUUACAUUUGAACAGAGUGAUCUGGAGGCCUUUUAUAAUGUAAUCACUUUGUGUAAUAACCCCAGUAGUGGGACUGGAGACCAGGUUUUAUGUAGUGGAGAUGAGGCAUUGUUGAACAAAAGGGAACAGAAUUUGCCUAAUCCUCUAAAACCCUGAGCACUGUAUUGUCAUCCCAAAGUAGCUGCAGAAACUUCCCAGCACAACACUGAUCAUCUUUAAGUGACUGCAGAUGUGAGGAUUGACAUAUUUUAGCUGAAAUACAUUUUUGGACUGGAGACUAAUGUGAAUACUUGCCUAUUUCUACCCAAGUUAGAGCAAAUGUUCUGAGAACUUAUUGUGGUCCAGCAAAUAAAUCCCACUUUAGAUGUUGUAGAUAACUGUGUGCCUUAGAAACCAUAGGUAAUAUUUUCAUUUUAUUUAGUGAAUAGCCUGUUAGUCUCUGUACCUCCAAGUGGCAAAGAUUAGUAGUAGUCAUGGCUUAUUGGAUAUCUUAAAAAAUGCAUCUCACUAAAGAGUUGUCUAAAAAAAGGUAACAGUUUAGAGAUGUUUGUAUAAAUGCAAAAGUCCUAUUAAUUAUAUAAAGUACAAAUAAUGUACUUGUGCAAAAAGUCCAAUAAUUUAUUCUGGGGAGAAAAGCUUAUUUCACCUUUUUGAAACUUCUCUUUUAAAUUAUCUGUUCUAGUCCAAGCAAAUAUCUCAAAAUCUGCUACUUUUCUGAACUAUUUUGGGCAAUAAAUGCUGUUUUCAACACA